CUUUAGAAAAAAUAUGGCCGCCCAUUUGCUAAUCGUGGUGGCUCAUUACUAAAUAAAAAAUAUUAAUUAUUAGUGUCGUAAACGACGCUGCACAGCGUUAAGGUCCGUGAUAUUACGAAUAAAAUUACCACGAUUUGAUAUAGUGCAAGUUAUAGGUGUCUAAUGUGUUAUUAGUGUGAAGUGAUUGUCGGUUUAGUUUUGCGUGUGUAGUGCAGGGCAUGUCGUUUCCGCCGCGGCCGCCCCUCGUGCCCUACGCGCACGGGCUGCCGCCGGGCGUCGUCACCAUGCCGAUGGCAACGCACGUGAUGGUGGGCGCGUACGGCGGCGUGGGCGCGCGAGCGGCGCUGCUGCAGGCGCCGCCCGCCACCAGCGUCGCCAACAGCACCAGCAAGGCCGUCAUCAGCCGCCCGCCCACACGGGCCAACGGGGCCAGAGAGAACGAGCCCCCGCCCAUCACUGUCUUCAUAGGCAACAUCACAACGCGCGCCCCGGACGCGAUGAUGCGCGCGCUGCUCGGCGCCUGCGGGCCCGUGCUCUCCUGGAAGCGCGUGGGCACCUUCGGCUUCUGCGAGUUCGCGUCGCCAGAGGCCGCGCUCCGCUGCGUGCGGCUGCUGCACGAGCGCCCGCUGGCCGAGAAGAAGCUGCUGGCGAGGACCGACGGCAAGAUGCAGACGCUCGUGGAUAACUACAAGACGGAGCAGCGUUCAAAAAUGGGCGCGGCGGAGGGCGGCGAGUACCUGGACGCGCGGCAGCGCGCGCUCGACGAGGCCGCCUCCAGGAAGCUGGCGCAGGUCAUGAAGGACUACCAGGAGGACAUCGCCAACUACGAGCAGCUGCAGCAAGAGGAGGCGAUCUCGAAGACGGCGCGCGCGCUGGAGGAGGCGGACAUCUCGGAGGAGAAGCGCGACGUCAUCCACCGCGAGAUUGGCAAGUUCCGAGAGAGCAUGAAGGACGAGGCGGAGGUGGUGGUGCGGCGCAAGCGCGACAAGGAGCCGCGCGACGACAAGGACCGAGAGCCGCGCGAGCGCGAGCGAGACAGGGAGCGCGACCGCGACCGCGAGAGGGAGCGGGACAGGGACAAGGAGCGGCGCAGGCGGAGCGCGUCCAGGUCAGUGCGGCAAGGAGAGAGGGAGCGAGACAGGGACCGCGAGCGGGAGCGGGACGGGGACAAGGAGAAGCGCAGGCGGAACGCGUCCAGGUCAGUGCGGCAAGGAGAGAGGGAGCGAGACAGGGACCGCGAGCGAGACAGGGACCGCGAGCGGGAGCGGGACGGGGACAAGGAGAGGCGCAGGCGGAGCGCGUCCAGGUCAGUGCGGCAAGGAGAGAGGGAGCGAGACAGGGACCGCGAGCGGGAGCGGGACGGGGACAAGGAGCGGCGCAGGCGGAGCGCGUCCAGGUCAGUGCGGCAAGGAGAGAGGGAGCGAGACAGGGACCGCGAGCGGGAGCGGGACGGGGACAAGGAGCGGCGCAGGCGGAGCGCGUCCAGGUCAGUGCGGCAAGGAGAGAGGGAGCGAGACAGGGACCGCGAGAGGGAGCGGGACGGGGACAAGGAGCGGCGCAGGCGGAGCGCGUCCAGGUCAGCGCGGCAAGGAGAGAGGGAGCGAGACAGGGACCGCGAGCGGGAGCGGGACGGGGACAAGGAGCGGUGCAGGCGGAGCGCGUCCAGGUCAGUGCGGCAAGGAGAGAGGGAGCGAGACAGGGACCGCGAGAGGGAGCGGGACGGGGACAAGGAGCGGCGCAGGCGGAGCGCGUCCAGGUCAGCGCGGCAAGGAGAGAGGGAGCGAGACAGGGACCGCGAGCGGGAGCGGGACGGGGACAAGGAGCGGCGCAGGCGGAGCGCGUCCAGGUCAGUGCGGCAAGGAGAGAGGGAGCGAGACAUGGACCGCGAGAGGGAGCGGGACGGGGACAAGGAGCGGCGCAGGCGGAGCGCGUCCAGGAGUAAGGAGCGUCGCGACACUCGCGACACUCGCGACGACCGUGACAAGGAGCGGGAGCGAGAGCGGGACAAGGAGCGCGAGCGGGAGCGGGAGGAGCGCGAGCGGGACCGGGAGCGGGAGAGGGAGAGGGAGCGGGAGAGGGAGAGGGAGCUGCGCGAGCGAGAGCGAGAGCGCGAGAUCCGGGAGCGGGAGCGCGAGAGGGAGCGGGACAGGGAAAGAGAGCGCGAGCGAGAACGCGACCGCGAGCGCUCCCGCGACCGCGAUCGUGAACGCGACCGGGACCGCGAGCGUUCUCGCGACCGCGGCCGCGGCGAGGCGGAGUCGCGCCGGUCGAGAGAACUCGAGGAGGAGGCCAAGGAGAAGAAGCGGUUAGAGAAGAAGGCCAAGGAGAAGGAGGCCGCCUACCAGGAGAGGUUGCGUCUGUGGGAGGCGCGCGAGCGGCGCAAGCACGCCGAGUACGAGAAGGAGAAGGAGAGGGAACGAUGCAAGGAGGAGGAGAGGGAGAGGGAAGCCAAGCGGCUCAAGGAGUUCCUCGAGGACUACGACGACGAGCGGCUCGACCACAAGUACUACCGCGGGAAGGAGCUGCAGCGGCGACUCGGCGCGCGCGUGCGCGAGGCGGAGGCGGACGCGCGGGAGCGGGCGCGCGAGCAGGACGAGCUGGCCGCGCUGCGCAAGGCCGUGUGGGGCGAGCGUCCCGCGGGGGAUCCCGCCGCCGCUGCCGCCUACGCCAAGGCUAAACAAGCGGUCAGUACUCUACCGGUCCUUAUGUACCUACAGCCACAUACACAGGACGUGUGGCUACCGGCUGCACAUGGCCACAUACACAGGACGUGUGGCUACCGGCUGCACAUGGGUAGCGAGCAGGACGAGCUGGCCGCGCUGCGCAAGGCCGUGUGGGGCGAGCGUCCCGCGGGGGAUCCCGCCGCCGCUGCCGCCUACGCCAAGGCUAAACAAGCGGUCAGUACUCUACCGGUCCUUAUGUACCUACAGCCACAUACACAGGACGUGUGGCUACCGGCUGCACAUGGCCACAUACACAGGACGUGUGGCUACCGGCUGCACAUGGGUAGCGAGCAGGACGAGCUGGCCGCGCUGCGCAAGGCCGUGUGGGGCGAGCGUCCCGCGGGGGAUCCCGCCGCCGCUGCCGCCUACGCCAAGGCUAAACAAGCGGUCAGUACUCUACCGGUCCUUAUGUACCUACAGCCACAUACACAGGACGUGUGGCUACCGGCUGCACAUGGCCACAUACACAGGACGUGUGGCUACCGGCUGCACAUGGGUAGCGAGCAGGACGAGCUGGCCGCGCUGCGCAAGGCCGUGUGGGGCGAGCGUCCCGCGGGGGAUCCCGCCGCCGCUGCCGCCUACGCCAAGGCUAAACAAGCGGUCAGUACUCUACCGGUCCUUAUGUACCUACAGCCACAUACACAGGACGUGUGGCUACCGGCUGCACAUGGCCACAUACACAGGACGUGUGGCUACCGGCUGCACAUGGGUAGCGAGCAGGACGAGCUGGCCGCGCUGCGCAAGGCCGUGUGGGGCGAGCGUCCCGCGGGGGAUCCCGCCGCCGCUGCCGCCUACGCCAAGGCUAAACAAGCGGUCAGUACUCUACCGGUCCUUAUGUACCUACAGCCACAUACACAGGACGUGUGGCUACCGGCUGCACAUGGCCACAUACACAGGACGUGUGGCUACCGGCUGCACAUGGGUAGCGAGCAGGACGAGCUGGCCGCGCUGCGCAAGGCCGUGUGGGGCGAGCGUCCCGCGGGGGAUCCCGCCGCCGCUGCCGCCUACGCCAAGGCUAAACAAGCGGACGAGCUGGCCGCGCUGCGCAAGGCCGUGUGGGGCGAGCGUCCCGCGGGGGAUCCCGCCGCCGCUGCCGCCUACGCCAAGGCUAAACAAGCGGUCAGUACUCUACCGGUCCUUAUGUACCUACAGCCACAUACACAGGACGUGUGGCUACCGGCUGCACAUGGCCACAUACACAGGACGUGUGGCUACCGGCUGCACAUGGGUAGCGAGCAGGACGAGCUGGCCGCGCUGCGCAAGGCCGUGUGGGGCGAGCGUCCCGCGGGGGAUCCCGCCGCCGCUGCCGCCUACGCCAAGGCUAAACAAGCGGUCAGUACUCUACCGGUCCUUAUGUACCUACAGCCACAUACACAGGACGUGUGGCUACCGGCUGCACAUGGCCACAUACACAGGACGUGUGGCUACCGGCUGCACAUGGGUAGCGAGCAGGACGAGCUGGCCGCGCUGCGCAAGGCCGUGUGGGGCGAGCGUCCCGCGGGGAUCCCGCCGCCGCUGCCGCCUACGCCAAGGCUAAACAAGCGGUCAGUACUCUACCGGUCCUUAUGUACCUACAGCCACAUACACAGGACGUGUGGCUACCGGCUGCACAUGGGUAGCGAGCAGGACGAGCUGGCCGCGCUGCGCAAGGCCGUGUGGGGCGAGCGUCCCGCGGGGAUCCCGCCGCUGCUGCCGCCUACGCCAAGGCUAAACAAGCGGUCAGUACUCUACCGGUCCUUAUGUACCUACAGCCACAUACACAGGACGUGUGGCUACCGGCUGCACAUGGGUAGCGAGCAGGACGAGCUGGCCGCGCUGCGCAAGGCCGUGUGGGGCGAGCGUCCCGCGGGGGAUCCCGCCGCCGCUGCCGCCUACGCCAAGGCUAAACAAGCGGUCAGUACUCUACCGGUCCUUAUGUACCUACAGCCACAUACACAGGACGUGUGGCUACCGGCUGCACAUGGCCACAUACACAGGACGUGUGGCUACCGGCUGCACAUGGGUAGCGAGCAGGACGAGCUGGCCGCGCUGCGCAAGGCCGUGUGGGGCGAGCGUCCCGCGGGGGAUCCCGCCGCCGCUGCCGCCUACGCCAAGGCUAAACAAGCGGACGAGCUGGCCGCGCUGCGCAAGGCCGUGUGGGGCGAGCGUCCCGCGGGGGAUCCCGCCGCCGCUGCCGCCUACGCCAAGGCUAAACAAGCGGUCAGUACUCUACCGGUCCUUAUGUACCUACAGCCACAUACACAGGACGUGUGGCUACCGGCUGCACAUGGCCACAUACACAGGACGUGUGGCUACCGGCUGCACAUGGGUAGCGAGCAGGACGAGCUGGCCGCGCUGCGCAAGGCCGUGUGGGGCGAGCGUCCCGCGGGGGAUCCCGCCGCUGCUGCCGCCUACGCCAAGGCUAAACAAGCGGUCAGUACUCUACCGGUCCUUAUGUACCUACAGCCACAUACACAGGACGUGUGGCUACCGGCUGCACAUGGCCACAUACACAGGACGUGUGGCUACCGGCUGCACAUGGGUAGCGAGCAGGACGAGCUGGCCGCGCUGCGCAAGGCCGUGUGGGGCGAGCGUCCCGCGGGGAUCCCGCCGCUGCUGCCGCCUACGCCAAGGCUAAACAAGCGGUCAGUACUCUACCGGUCCUUAUGUACCUACAGCCACAUACACAGGACGUGUGGCUACCGGCUGCACAUGGGUAGCGAGCAGGACGAGCUGGCCGCGCUGCGCAAGGCCGUGUGGGCAAGCGGUCAGUACUCUACCGGUCCUUAUGUACCUACAGCCACAUACACAGGACGUGUGGCUACCGGCUGCACAUGGGUAGCGAGCAGGACGAGCUGGCCGCGCUGCGCAAGGCCGUGUGGGGCGAGCGUCCCGCGGGGGAUCCCGCCGCCGCUGCCGCCUACGCCAAGGCUAAACAAGCGGUCAGUACUCUACCGGUCCUUAUGUACCUACAGCCACAUACACAGGACGUGUGGCUACCGGCUGCACAUGGGUAGCGAGCAGGACGAGCUGGCCGCGCUACGUAAAGCCGUGUGGGGCGAGCGUCCCGCGGGGGAUCCCGCCGCCGCUGCCGCCUACGCCAAGGCUAAACAAGCGGUGGACGAGCUGUACAAGCCGCGGCUUCUCGUGGACGUGUCGCUGCAGGCGCACCAGCAGCGCCAGCGCGAGGAGCAGCGCGCCCGGGAGAGGGAGGAGGCCAGGAAACAGGCGCGCGAGAAGGCGGAGCGCGAGCGCGAGCGCUACCUGCGCGCCGCCGCCAGCCGCCAGCUGCCCACCGAGGCCGAGCCCAUCGACUCCGACGACAGCGGCGGCGGGCUGGACGCGGCAUUAGCGGGCUCGCCGGGCUCCAGCACGCCGCCGCCGCCCGAGCCCGCGCCGCCGUCAUCGCGCCGCCACAAGCACCACCACCACCACCACGACCACCACGACCACCAUGAAACUCCACAGACGUCGGACGGCGGCACGACGCCGCCGCCGCCCGAGCACGCGCACGCGCACGCGCACGCGCACCAGCACCAGCACGCGAGGAGACACGGCGAGACGUCGGCGGGCAGUUCGCCGAUCACCAUCAGUUUCAAAUCCGGCCGCGACGCACACGACGCGCCUCCGGCGGAGAGCGGGUCGGUGGGCGCCGGCGGCGGCAUGCGGCGUCCGCACGCCGCCUUCGCGCCCGACGACGACGAGCCCGAGCCCGCGCCCCCGCCGCCACCCACGCACGCGCACCACCACCACGCACACCGCGGUAAAGACAAAAAAGAAAAAGAGAAGAGCAAAAAGGGUGAAAAAGAGAAGGAGAAAGAGAAGGAGAAGGGCGAGGCGCGGGAGGGGGAGGACAAGGCUACGGCCGAAGAGAAGCGCAAGCACAUCAAGAGCCUCAUCGACAAGAUCCCCACGCAGAAGGAGCAGCUCUUCCAGUACAAGCUCGACACCGCGCAGAUCGACAACGUGCUGAUGGAGAAGAAGAUCCGGCCGUGGAUCAACAAGAAGAUCAUCGAGUACAUCGGCGAGCCCGAGCCCACGCUCGUUGACUUCAUCUGUAGCAAGGUGCUCGCCGGCGCCGCGCCGCACCGCAUCCUGGACGAUGUGCAGAUGGUGCUGGACGAGGAGGCGGAGGUGUUCGUGGUGAAGAUGUGGCGGCUGCUCAUCUACGAGCUGGAGGCCAAGCGCGCCGGCCUCUCGCUCGCCAAGUGACCCCCCGCGAGUCACCCGGGCCCGCGCGCGGCCGGCCCGUCCAGUGAGCCGGGCCCGACGACAGCCCCGCCGUGACCCGAGCCCGUGCGCGGCCCGGCGAGCCGGCGAGCGAGCCGGGCCCGCCCCGCCGGGGACCCGGGCCGAGUGUGAGUGCACCCGCGAGCGAACGGCGAACGUCGCAACAGAUUCAUACCUAGUAGCGGGUCCCGGCCCCGUGUCCGUGUCCGUGUCCGUGUCCGUCCCGGCCCCUAUCACGGUUCGUCUUUAUAUUCGGUAAACUAUUCUGUAAACGUAUAACGAGUCAUUUGUUUAGUGACGUGUGAUCGAAUACGAAAACCGUAUUACAUUUUUUUUUAAAAGAACUGUCGUAGGAAUCUAUCCGUGCGAGAAGUGUGAAGAUCGGUUUGGAAGGUAUUAAAUUUUUAUUAGUCCCUUAGCCCUUCGAUAAGGCUGUAAAUGUUAUUUAUUUAUUUUUUACACAUUAUAUAUGAAAUCGCGAAAAAUCGAGUCGAGAGAUGAUUUUUUUUGCCAGUGAUUCGAACCGUAACAUUUUCGAUUCAAAAGAUUACGUUUGAUUUUCUCAUCGUUUAAUCGGUUACUAUUCUAGGUUAGUCUAUUAUUAAUAAUCUGCCAUGACGACUUGACUCGUUACAUACAGAUAGAGAACUAAUAUUAAUUUAGUACCAGUGCUCAAUCGGCAUGUUAAAUGUUCUAUUUAGUCGAAUGCAUCUCAACAUACAAUAUACAUUAUACAUAAACACGCAUGAGAUUAAAUGAAGCAUCGAACGUCGAUUUGUAAAAUUGUAAAACGUCUGCUUGAUACGAUUACGGUAUCAUUAUAUAAUAAAACAGUGGCUUUCUUAAACAGAAGGGUCCUUAUGCUUCAAGUUCAAAAAAAACGUUUUUCAUAUGAAAUCCUAAUCGUGUUUACUGCAGUGAAGCAUAAGGCACCCUUUAUACACGGAGCGCCACAAUCUAAAGUCUGCCAGUGAUCGUAUCGUAUCGGGCGCCGCUGUUCGCCGCUUCGUACAUUCUGUACCGAAUCCCACGUGACAAGGCGGACAGAGGCCUGCCGCGAACACCCAAGUUCACAGAUCUUCCUGUAUCACUCUAGUUAAAGAAGAUGAUGUACUGCAGGUGUCCGCGGUAGGCCUCCGGGUCCGGGCUCGGCCUCGAGGCCGCUCAACUGUAAAUUAUUGCAUGCGAGAGUGAGAGCGAGAGACGAGUGACAGGGACGCACGAACGAGUACGUUAAGCCUAAUGAUAAUGAUUACUUAGAGAAUAAUAAAUAUAAUUAUUACACA